CGGCGUUUCAUAAGGGGUUGAGAUCAGUCAUGUUUCAUAAACAAAACAGAGAACAUUGUUUAACUGUCACAUUGAUUACAGAAUUGUCCCAGCGGUGGAGAGGAAUUUCUAAUGCAUUUAUUUGAAUGAAGAACACACAUUCCUCGACACUAUGAAGGGACUGUACUUCAUCGAGCCCAUCGUCGCGAUUUACGCGUUUGCCAGUUUUAUGGUUUACCCCCUUGUGCAGCAGUACGUGUAUCGCAGAUUGUGGCAGGAGAUCACGAACUCAUCUUACCCCGUGUCCGACAACACUUCCCAGUGCGCCAAAAACGCCAGCCACAACAGACAGCAAGAUGAGGUGCAGAAAGCAGCGUCUCUGUUCUCCAUGUACAGUGAUUUGUCCUCCAUGAUCCCCAGUCUCAUAGUGACCCUCCUCCUGGUGGCCUACAGCGACCAGCGUGGCCGAAAGUUUACUAUUAUUAUGCCCCUCAUUGGGUCUCUGAUCUACACGCUUUCAUUCCUGGCGGUCUCCUUCUUCAAGCUCAACCUCUACCUUCUUAUUGCCGCCAGUUUCGUAAGUGCCCUGUUCGGCGGUGUCGGCACCAUGCUAGGUGGCUGCUUCUCCUAUGUGGCCGAUUUGUGUGAGGACGGCAAACAGAAAACCCUUCGCAUGGCUGUGGUGGACAUGAUGAUUGGCUUGUUGGCCGGCGUGGCGUCAAUCUCCACAGGCUACUUCUUGCAUACAACCGGGUUCAACUGGCCCUUCUUUACAGCCGCCAUAUUUCACGCAAUUAACUUGCUAUACACCGUCUUCGUUCUGAAGGAAACCAGGGUGAUUGAGCAGUCAGAGACUGUGGGUUGUUGUCGGGCCAUGCAGAAACUUGUAUGUAGUAUCUACAACUUGUUUGCAGGAGGCACUAGUCAAAAGAAAUGGAUUCUUGUGCUGUUGAUUGUCACUUUCUCCUCCUUAUCUUUUGUUAAUACGGGGGGUUUGUCAGUGAUCACACUUUACGAACUCAAUGAACCGCUGUGCUGGAGCGAGAUCCUCAUCGGCUAUGGCGCCGCGGUCAGCACCUCCAUCUUUAUCACUAGCUUUAUUGGUGUGUAUUUAUUCUCCCUCUGUCUACCUAACAUUGCCAUCGCCUUCAUUGGGAUGCUGUCAGUCCUUAUAAGCUUGUUGAUGACGGCCUUCGCGAAGACCACGCUCAUGAUGUUCCUCGUGAGGAUUCCUGCUAUGUUUGCCAUCAUGCCAUUCCCUGUCCUGCGUUCGAUGAUGUCAAAGGUCGUCUCAAAGUCUGAGCAGGGAGCACUCUUUGCCUGUGUGGCCUUUAUGGAAAACCUGAGCACUAACGGGUCCUCUGCCGUUUUUAGCAGAAUCUAUGCAGCCACUGUGGCAUGGUGUCCUGGCUUCAUCUUCCUAUUGGGUUCUGGACUCUGUAUCAUACCCAUAAGUCUAUUAGGAAUCCUUAAAUGUUUCUAUUCAUUGGAUUCUAAUGACACUCAAGCACUCUUAUCAGAAGACGGGACUGAAGCCUCAGACGACCCAGCUGUAGCUUAAAAUCAAAGGGAGUUUGGAUACCUCAUGGUUCCACUGUGUGGUUUUUUUUGUACAUUUCCUCAUACCUCAUAAGUGGGUAAUCUGUUCAAGCCAGAUAUUUUUAGUAUUUUUCAAGUAUAUUUUUAGUAUUUUGAGUGCCAUGAAAUAUGCCUUUUUUGCUGAAAUGCAGUAUAUGCUGAUGGUGGAAUUUUUGAAAAUAAUAAUGACAAUAAUUUCAGCAAAAACUAAAGUUACAUAUCCCUUAGGAAAUACCAGUUACUCGCAAGGCAGUAACAAAACAGUAACAGUCUGAGAUGAGUGUAAGUUAGGCUUUGAUUCUGUGUUGUCCUCAAACAAGAAUCAAUAUGUAGUUAAUAUGAAGGCUAUGUAUAAAAGACAAGAAUAAUCACAAUUCAAUAUGCAAAUAUAACAAUGAUAUUAAGUAUCAAAAAUCAUGCUUUGAAUAGGUUUAGAAUUAAAACUGAAUGAAUUCAUUGUACGUACUGAAGUAAUAGCAGAAGUUUAAUACAUAGAGAUUGAAUGUUUGAGGAAUAUCAGUACAUUGCUGUCUUACAAGUCUAAAGUUUGGGCUGAUGUGCAAUACAUUCUUGUUUUGUUUAGACCAACAUUUACAGUAGAUUUAGGAAUAUGAUUUUGGAUGCAUCUUUAUGGUGUCUUAAAGUUAGCCAUGCUUUUCUAAGUGUGGCAGGUUUUCAUUAGUCUCAUAGUUGCACUGAGCAGUUCAGCCAAUAAGCUCUGACCUGCCAUUGACAGUAUGUCCUGUGUGAUGUAAUUGUUUUCAUAUACAUUCUAAGCUUGACAAAAAUGUCAAAAUGUCAAGACACAAGUUGUUGUAGAUUAGUUUACUUUGUUUGGAGGCUUAGCAGUGAAAAGGUGAUUUUGGAGGGUUGGGCAGAUCAGCCAGCUGAUAUUUGUACAAAUCUGCCCGUACUUGUUUUCCUACACACAAACUUCAUUGUUCAAUAGGAAUGCAUACUGAAUCACUGGAGAAAAAAUUCACCUUUUUCAUUCACACUAACAUGCAUAAACCCAACUAAUUUGGUCAUUUGUGUGCAGUUGUGAUGUUUUGUGUAUGAAUAUAUGAAGUUUAUUUUAUGAAAUUAAAUAAUAUGAAGGA